UUUUUUUUCCAGUAAAAAAAGUCCAUCAAAAGUUGCUUCGCGUGUGGAUUUUCUUCUCUUAAAAUUUUUGGUUGUUCUUCACUGUAAAUCUUCCGACUCUAUUGAAAUGUUUUGUGUACUCUAAACUCCGCAUCUUGCUGUUUAAUUGCAAAUUUCAAAAACAUCUGUGCGAGUGAAAUUGUGGAAAGAAAAGGAGGAGAAUGGAGAAGGUGGUUAAUAAUUCGACCGUCACGUCAAGCAAUAAUACACAGGCGAGCCUGAGUCGCAGCAAUAGUCGCACAAGUUCCAAUUCCGAACUCGAAAAGGAGCUCAUUGAAUUAGAGAUAAGUGAUGAAGGUGCAGGAAAUGCAAAGGCAGCAGCAAAGGAGAUCUUACCGACAAAGAAGCGCAUUUCAAGUAGUCGAACACCCACGAGGAAGGCAAAACGGGUGCGCUUCUACAGGAAUGGUGAUCGUUUCUAUCAAGGAAUUGUAAUUCCCGUGUCAAAUGAUCGGUAUCGAUCAUUUGAGAGCUUAGCAGAGGAUCUCACGAGGCUACUGGAGGAUAUUGUCAAAGUACCUGGAGCUGUGAGGAAUAUUUUUACAUUGGAUGGAAAGAAAGUUGUGAGUCUCGAUGAUCUCGAAGAUGGGAAAAGUUACGUAUGUUCGUGCAAUGCAGAAAACUUUAAGAAAAUGGACUAUAGUUCGCAACCUAGUAUUAAGAACAACAAUCGCCUAUCGAGGGUUUACAGACCACAUUCACCACUAAAAAACGGCUCAAAUGGAGUUUCCGUCGUGAAAUUCGAUGAGCGUGACCGGGUCGUAUUUCCUCGAAUAGUUACGAUAAUACGAAAUGGUGUAAAACCGCGAAAGAUACAUCGUUUGCUCCUAAAUAAACGCAACAGUCCAACGUAUGAACACGUGUUAACUGCAAUCACGCAAUGUGUCAACCUUGACACGGGAUGUGUAAGGAAAGUGUUCACAUUGGGUGGAUCACCUGUUCUUACGCUUGCGGACUUCUUUUCGCACGAAGACGUUUUCUUUGCAUACGGAAAUGAGAGGGUGGGUAAUGAUGAUUUUGAUUUGGAACUUGAGGAGAGUAAGGCGAUACGGCAAACGCGAAAAACAUUGCGGAAUGGGGUUGCAAAGGGUGGACCAAAGCCAAAAAUGCCCGUAAAGAGUCACAAUGAGACGUAUGUUUGCCUAGAGGAGGACUAUGCAAAUACAAAAUCCGAAAGUCUCCCAAUUGAGAUUCAGAAUCGAUACACUGUGGGACCAAUUAUUGGCGAUGGAAAUUUUGCCGUGGUGCUUAAGAUUAAGGAGAAGAACACGGGGCAGGAGUUUGCACUGAAAAUUAUCGAUAGAUCCAAAUGUCAAGGAAAGGAACACUAUAUUGAUGCUGAAAUACGGGUGAUGAAGAAGCUAAACCAUCCACAUAUAAUGGCACUAUAUAUGGACAUUGAUACACCAAAGAAUACAUAUUUGGUGUUGGAAUUAGUUGAAGGUGGUGAUUUAUUUGAUGCAAUUACUCAAGUUACCCGAUUCUCUGAAGAUCAAUCGAGAAUUAUGAUAAAGCAUCUCGCCUCAGCGAUGGCGUACCUCCAUUCCCUCGGCAUUGUUCAUCGUGAUAUUAAACCAGAAAAUUUACUUGUAAAAUUGGAUGGAAAUGGGAUGGUAACGGAGCUGAAAUUAGGUGAUUUUGGGCUUGCAUGUGAAGUAACUGAACCACUACUGGCUGUUUGUGGUACACCCACAUACGUAGCCCCAGAAAUCCUCAUGGAAACAGGAUAUGGCUUAAAAAUUGAUGUUUGGGCCGCUGGAAUUAUUCUCUAUAUUCUUCUCUGUGGAUUCCCACCGUUUGUCUCGCCAGACAAUCAGCAAGAGCCCCUCUUUGAUGCUAUUCUCUCGGGUAUCUAUGACUUCCCGGAACCCUAUUGGAAUGACAUUGGCGAGGGUGUUCGUGAUCUCAUUGCAAAUAUGCUACAAUCAGAUCCGGAUUUGCGUUUUUCCAGUGAAGAUAUUCUGGAUCACUACUGGGUGCUUGGUAUUGAUGAAACUAAUAGAUGAGAUAGAGUAUUAGCACGCACAUAGUCGCAUUGUGUGAAUUUUAACAUAUUUCCCUUUUUAUUUCUUUUAUUUUUGAGAAGUUCACACAAAUGAUUGUAAAGAAGGAUUGCAAAAAUAAUAAAACAAAAAUUUAGAUAAAUAUAAGUUGUAUAGAGAAGACAAGACAUGUGUAUGUAAAACUAUAUAAAAAAGAAAAGAAAACCAUUUAAUUAUACAUACAACAGGCAUUCGUGAAAAUAUUAAUGCGAAAAAAUGUGGCUAAUUUAUAUCCAAAAUCUCGAUGGGGGAGGGGGGUGAAUAGUGAAUGAUUUAGGGUAGAAAAGAUAUAUCAAUAAAACAAAAUAUUUAUCCCAAAAAAAAUUGUGUAAAAGGAUUGUGGAAUAGUGCAAAGUAAUGAAAGAUGUAUACAACAUGUAGAAUCCAUAAUCUGUAGUUAAAAAAAUGAAUUUUUCACUGAAAAAUUCUGCUGCUAUGCAUUUAUAAUACCAACAUAAAAUUAUCCAACAAAAAAAAACAUACAAAACACUUCAAAAGUAUUAAUUAAAUUUUAUCUAAAACUUUUUUUUUAAUUAUUUAAAUUAAAUUCUAUAAAAAAGAGUAGCCACUCCACGUAAUAAAUAUAUUUAAUAAAUUCAUAGGUGAUACGGAUUUUGAGGCAAUAUUGGUGAAAUUAUGCGAUUAUGAUAUUAGUGUGUGAAGAGAAUGAAAAAAUUGGCAUGAAAGGAACAUAAAAAAAAAAAAAAUUUAUUGAUAGAAAUUAUUUGCAAUUUAUUUUGGAAAAUAAUGUCAACAAUUCACUGAAUCCGUAUCAAUAGAAAGCCUAUCGCAUAUAAAGAAAGACAUGAGAGUAUACCAUUCAUAUCUCACGUAAAAGCAUUUGGUGUACCGUUAAAAUUAUAUAUUUUUUAUUAAAUAUCAAUGCGAAAUUUUGAAAGAAAAAUUUUAACGUAAAAUAUUCAUUUUUAUGAGAAAAAUAUCGGCAAAUUAAUAUGAGGAAGUAUAACGUAUAAUAAUAAAUUUUAUAUUCCAGAAAUUUUACAUGCAGCCACUUUGUAUAUUUUGUAGUAAUUUUUUUUAAGGGAACACACGAAGAAAACACUAAAAUAUAUAAUUUAUUAUAUCGUGAAUAAAUUCCAAAUUUAGCAUAUAGGCACUUUUUUGUAGUAAUAUAGCUGAAUUUUUUUUUUAUAUUUCACGAUAGAAUUAAAUGAAAAGAAUAUUUUUGGAUUUAGUGAGAAGAUUAAAAAAAAAAAAGAAAUCUGACUUCCAUUUGAUCUUUAAAGAUGCUAUUUUUACACAAUUUGAGUAAAUAAUAAUAUUACACUUCUUUCAGGUAGAUUUUAUCAACGAAAAAGAUUAUAAGCGAUAUUCUUGUAAAAUUUUCUUAUUUAUUUACAAAAUUAGACUAUAUAUUAUAUUAUGUAAUUUAUUAUUUUAAUAACUUUUACUUAUUAUUGCAUUUCCGUUGAAAUUGAUAUGAUGAAAAUAUAGAAAUUAUGUAUAUAAUAUAAAUACAUUAGCAUUACAAUAAAGACGCUUUUAUUUGCAA